CACUAUGGGCAGAACUGUCACAAGGGCCCUCCCCACAGCAAAUCUGGAGCCUCUGACAAGCUGCCUCGAGUUGCUAAGUCCAAGUUCUUUGAGGACAGUGAGGGUGAGUCAGAUGAGGCGGAGGAGGAAGAAGAAGACAGUGAGGAAUGCAGUGAGGAAGAGGAUGGCUACAGCAGUGAGGAGGCAGAGAAUGAAGAAGAUGAGGAUGACACCGAAGAGGCAGAAGAGGAUGAUGAAGAAGAAGAAGAGAUUAUGGUGCCUGGGAUGGAAGGCAAAGAGGAGCCUGGCUCUGACAGUGGCACGACAGCACUGGUGGCUCUGAUACGAGGGAAGCAGUUAAUUGUGGCCAAUGUUGGAGACUCUCGCUGUGUGGUCUCUGAAGCUGGAAAAGCUUUGGAUAUGUCAUAUGACCACAAACCAGAGGAUGAAAUGGAGCUGGCACGCAUCAAGAAUGCUGGUGGCAAGGUCACCAUGGAUGGCCGAGUCAAUGGGGACCUCAACCUCUCCAGAGCAAUCGGCGACCACUUCUACAAGAGAAACAAGAACCUGCCACCUGAGGAACAGAUGAUUUCAGCCCUUCCUGACAUCAAGGUGCUGGCUCUCACUGAUGAUCACGAAUUCAUGGUCAUUGCCUGUGAUGGCAUUUGGAAUGUGAUGAGCAGUCAGGAAGUUGUAGACUUUAUUCAAUCAAAGAUCAGCAAGCGUGAUGAAAAUGGGGAGCUUCGGUUACUGUCAUCCAUUGUGGAAGAGCUGCUCAAUCAGUGCCUAGCACCUGAUACAUCUGGGGAUGGUACAGGGUGUGACAACAUGACUUGCAUCAUCAUUUGCUUCAAGCCCCGAAACACGGCUGAGCUCCAGCCAAAGAGUGGCAAGCGGAAACUGGAAGAGGUGCUCACCUCUGAAGGGGUGGAGGAAAAUGGCAACAGUGACAAGAAGGUCAAGCGGGACUAG